CGAUGCGCAUGGUGCAUGUGCUGGUACUUCCGCCUGCUGCCGACGCGGGCCAUGCAGGUGUGACCAGCAUGUGGUCAUGCCUCGGCUGCCGACGGCUCGGCCUCGGCGGUGCGGCUUGUUCGUAGUGCCCCUCAAGCCAGGAGCUGGCCCGCCCGCCCCGGCCAGCGAGCUGUUGCAUUCGGGUUCGCCAUCCAGCCGCUCAGCGCAGAUGCGAAAUCUUCGGGCCGUCUGGCGUGCCUCGCGCUUCGAUGCGAUGCGUUCGGAGUCUGCGAACAGGCAACGCAGCAUGCGGCGGCCGGAUGCACAGCAUGCUCGUCCUUCCAUGCUCUCCUGAGCUGGGUCUCCGCAUAUGCUGCUGCUCCUGUGCUUCUGCUUCUCCGUCGUCCGUCGUGCAUCUUGUUGAUGGCUUGCAGAGGGCCUUCGUGCCUGCACAGAAGGCCUCUCGACGCCCUUUGCCGCGCAGCGAAGGGAGAUCUGGGGCGGAGCUGCAAAUUGGCUGCCGUGUGCGGAGCGCCGCGGGCACACCGAGCGCCCCAAAGCACCGUCGUGGCUGCCGGUCGGCCGGCGCGGCGUCGAUCCUGUGGCGCCACACCGGCGCCGAGGCGGCCGCAUCCGAAGACGCUCGGCGCAGCAAAUGGCGCGCCGACGCCGCACGCCCUCAUCCCUCCGGGGCCGCAUCGAAGCCAGCUGCUCUUCCAAGCGCCCGCGAGACGAGAGGCGCAGCAUGCAGCAGCAGCGCCGACGAGGAGAUGGUGUGCGGCGGCGAAUGUCUACGCCGGCGGCGCUGAGGUGCGGCGACAGGAGAGAUUGGUUAUCGCGAAUAGAAGCACCUGCAGGCCCGCUCUGUGACGCCGUGACUCGAGCGCAGGAC